AUCACCUGACCACUCUCAACUCUGCUCCCAGGCACGAGGGACUGAUGGAGCAAGAAGGAAAAGAUGCAGAACAGGAGGAAGAGGUUAUACCAUCCUCCCAAGGGGAGAUGUUUUCUUCCCAGUCGAGUACUCCAGAUCUGCUCUCACCUGCACAUCUUAUUCCAAUACUGCAGCCGUCGCAAUCACUCAGUGGUAAUGAGAUGGGCACACCUCAGCAUCCAAGGUCGGCGGAGCUGCUGGCCUCCACCCCCUCAGCGUUUCGACCGGACGCCGACAGCUCGCCCGCCGAGCUCCGUCUCGACGUGUCGGCCGCCCGCUCGGAGGCCUGGCUCGACCUGUCGGAGACCCCGUCCGAGGUCCGGCUCGAUCUGUCGGCGACGCCCUCGGAGCCGGGCCCGGAGCGGCCGGCCGGCCCGCUGAAGCGGCCGCGCUCUGCCGACGCGGCGGCUCCCACCCCGGAGAAGAGGGCGCGCACGGCCGCCGCCGGCGCGGACGACUCGGACAUACAGUUUGUGGAGGAGGUGGCGCCGGACGUGCAGGUCGUAUUCAACUCGCAGGCGGCCGAGUCGGCGCCGCUCAGUUCCGCCGCCGAGUCGCAGGCCGACCUCCGACUCUGCCUGUCGCCGUCCCAGUCGGAGGAGGUGUCUCAGCUGCCGGCCGCGCCGCCUGCCGGCUCUCCCGCGCCGGCCGAGGCCUCUGCUGAACAGACUAGCGAGCCGCCCGGGCCCACCUGCCCGUCUGCGGACGUGCCGUCCGAGCGCGGAGCCGCGCCAGCUGCCGGCGGGGCGCCUGGCCGCGUCGGCACGCCUCCGGCCGCCGGCGGCUCCGGCAGCUCCGGGCCGUCCGUCCGCCCGCCGGAAGAGUCGCCGGCCUCCUCGGACAGCCAGGGUUUCCAGCCGGCCGCCGAGCCGGGGUGUGACGCCGCCGGGGUGCGGCUGCCGCACAUCCAGACGCCCCAGGUGGGCAGCAGCAGCGACUCGGUCUCGCCCGAUGGCGACACCGUGUUCGGCCAGGCGCAGCGGCUGAUCGAGGAGCAGAACCGACAGCAGCAGCUGCGGGCCGCCGACCCGGAGGGACCCUCGGCCACCGCCGCUGCAGGGCAGCGCGAGACGCCGGCGGCGGUCACUCUGGAGUCGGCUGAGCCGUCACCGGCGGCGGCAGAGGGCGAGAAGCCGCCCUCCACAGCGAACAGUGAGAACCCAUCGUCAGGUGCAGUGGAAGACGAUAACCGGUCAUCAGCUAUUGCAGUGGACACUGAUAAAUCGUCUGUCGUGGUGGACAGUGAGAAUCCGCCGGCUGCUACGGGCGAGGGCGCCAAUACUCCGUCAGCUCGGGAGGCGGGUGAGCAGCCGCCGCCGGCUGCCGAGGCCGGGGAGAAACAGGAGCGGGAAGGAGAGCCGGUGCAUGCGGCGGAGCGAGAGCCGGUGCCUGCGGCCGCUGUGGCAGAGGGCGCGCCCUCUCAGCCCGCGGCGGACGACCUGCGCCCGGAGGACAGUCGGCUUGGCUCGCAGACAGACCUGUCGCAGCUGUCGCAGCUAUCGGCGUGGCGCAGCGCGGCGAUGAAGUCUCCGGGCCACACGACGGCCGAGGCGUCGGCGGCCGACCAGUCACGUGCGGCGGCCGCCGAGCCGAGCGGCGGCCGACCAGCGGCCGAGAGUGCGGAGCGGGAGCUGGGCGAGGACCCGCUGCCGGCCGCCUCCGACCCGUUCCGGUUCCACGGCACCCAGUCGCAGGAGACGCAGCCCUACCGCCUCCGACCGGUCAUCAUCAAGUCAAAAACACAGACGUCAGACAAAAGUACGUCCACCGCGGGAGCGUCCGUGGCCGCUGAUUCGACCGACAGCUCGUUUCAGAAGCUCGUGGCGAACAUUCUGGCCGAGAAGAAGCGACUGACCGAGGAGGGCUACUCGCUGGCGGAACUCACCUGGAGCUGGAGCUGGCGCAAGGGGGACCAGGAGGUAAAGCAGACGUUUCCCCUUGACGAGCACGACGGCGCCGAGCUGCUGCGCCGCAUGGCUUCGUCCCAGCUGCUGUCCUCAACAUCAUCGAGCAGUCUGAGGAGCACGUCCACUUGUGGCGGCCACGCGGCGGACGUGUCCUCCAAGUCGAGCGGUGACUCCAGCUCCAGCUGCAAUAAACGCCAGUCAACCCUGACGUCGGUGACGCUGUCGACCAUCGACGGCCGCGGCGGGCGGCUCUCGGUCUCCUCGUCAUUGGACGCGCUGCCGCUGGCCGGCCGCCGCUCCGUGAUGUCCGUCCAGCCCUGCUCACCGGGCAGCGACGGCGAGGUGCAGGUCCUCUCACCGCCCGUGCCGCGGCUGGCCACGGUGCCGGAGUUCACGUCUCCGGACGGCCGGCCGCCGCGGCCGCACGGCCAGCCGGCGGCCGUCUCCUCGCUGCGCACGGACCUGGACGAGUCGGUGGGCUCGCAGCUGCCGCCGGGCCUGGUCAGCCCGCCGGCGGCCACCUCCACGCAGGCGGAGCGCUCGGCCGCCUCGCAGAGCUCGAGCGCCAGUCAUGUGACCGGCUCGACACCGAGUCCCGAGGUGGCGCUGCAGCCGGCGCUGCCGGUCCGCCCGCUCACCGACCAGGAGGAGGAACAACUGAGCGAGCACGAGCAGAGUGAGCUGGCGCACAGGACACUGGAGCCCGACAUGCCGUGUUUCGCGCUGUGGGCCGACCGCACCUACUACCCGGGCCGACUGGUGUCCGAGGCACGCGCCGAUCGCUGGCUGGUGAGGUUCGACGACGGCUCGGAGCGACACGUGCCGGCCGACCACGUGCUGCCUGUCACCAACCUGUGGAAGGGCCUGUCUGUGUUCGUGCAGAACCAGCGCAACGUCUACGAGGCGGGCCUCAUCACCGGACACCGCAUGUCUUCGGGCGCCGAGCCGCUCGAGUACAUCGUCUCGCUGGACUCUCAGCCGAGCGUGAUGAGCGCCGUGCCCCGCUCGUGGCUGUCGCUGACUAUGGACCAGGCGGCCCUGGUGCGCGAGCGGCGCCAGCCCAGCCUGGGACAGCUGGCCGUCGGGUCGCCCUCCCGGCACCUCAGUCUCGAUAACCUGGUGACGGGUCGGCGCCGGGCGGCCGGGCCCGCCGGCGGACGCCGGCUAGCCAACUUUGAGGCCAGCGCCAGUGACGCGGCUGCCGACACCGCCUCUGGCGACACGUCGAGAACGCGCCGCGCCGGCUCCAAGUCGUCACUGUCUCGCCGUAAGAAGGGCGCAGCGAAGAAGGCGGUCACCAUCGCGCCUGGGCCGGCCACGGACCUGUCAGCUGCCGCCGAGCCCGCCGGCGCUGCGGAGGCCGGGGCGGCGACAACUAACGGCGACUCGAGCGGAGCGCCGGAGGACGCCGAGCCGCCGCCGGAGGGCGGGACGGCCGCCCCCGCCAGGAGGACCCCCGCCAAAGGCAAGCGCGCCAGGCUGCAGCGGGGCUCCAAGGCGGACAGGUCGGGCGACGGCUCCCCGGCGGCCGGCAGUCCGAGCACGCCGGGCCCGUCGGCGGCCGGGUCCGCAGCCAAGUCGCCGACGGCGAGCGGCCGCCGCGGCUCGCGGCAGAAAGCGGCCUCAACCCCAUCAACGAGCACGGCGACUGCCGGCGGCGUGGAGGUGGCGUCGAGCUCUGCGACGCCCAGCGGACGAAAGAAGCGCGUCACCGCCUCCACGCCCACCGAAGAGGCCGCUGCCGCCGCCGCCACACCCAGCGGACGGGCCAGGAAGCGCGCCACGACCUCCACACCGACAGACGAGGCUGCUGCCGCCUCUGCCGCAGCCACUGCGACGCCCAGCGGACGAAAGAAGCGCGCUACUUCGGCCCAGAAGGCUGCCGAAGCUGCGGCCAAACGGGCCAGCGGCUCGGCACAGAAGGCCUCGCAGCCCAUAGCGACGCCGGUGAGCCGCAGCGGCCGCGGGAGGAAGCGGGCUGGUCCGGCCAGCCCUGCCACCGAGGAGCCGUCCCCGCCGGGCAAGCAGCCGGCCGGCCCGGCGGUAGCGGCCACCCCCGGCCGCCGCAGCCGCAAACGGCUGGCGCUGAGCCCGUCCGCCGAGCCCAGCGCGACCGAAUCCAGCCACGCCGAGGAGGGCGCGCCUCCGGUGCGGCCGCUGGGAGAUCUACCCGACGCUCCGAGCUCCCUGUUCGCCAAGCACACCUUCAUCCUGACGAACGGCGGCGCCGCUCACGGAGACGCCUACCGGAAGCGUAUGAAAAGGAAACUGCGCCCGCCGUUCGACAAGGAGCACGUGACGGAGCACAUCGAGGCGCGCUGUGGCCGUGUGCUCUCGGACACCACGCUGACGCCGGAGGCGCUGGAGCGGGUGCGCGGUCAGGGCGACCUGCUGCUGCUGGCUAACGGGCCGGUGCGCACGCCCAAGUACAUCUCCUGCCUGGCGAUGGGCGUGCCGUGUGUGCUGUAUACCUGGCUGGUGGACUCCAUCCGACGGAACGAGUGCCUGCCGUACGAGGACUACCUGCUACCGGCCGGCUUCGACCCGGCCACGGGCGAGGAACUGGAGCAGCUGCUGGGGCCGGCUGGGGCGCCGCCGCUGGCCGGGCUCUGCGUGCUGCUGGCCGCCGCGUCCGACUCAGAGUGGGGCCACAUGAUGGCCGAUGUGCUGGCCGCCGCCGGAGCGCGCGUCAAACUGGAACACCAGGACCCGGCGGCGGCGGCGCUGCCGUUCGCGCCGGACGUGGUGGUGGCCGAGGCCGACUGCCCGGCGCCGGUGCUCAGCUGGGCGCGCCUCUGCGAGACGCCCGUGGUCUCCGGCGAGUGGGUGGUCGGCUGUGUGGUGGCGCACUGCCGGCUGGACUACCGCGCCCGGCCAGAGUUCGACCACAGCGUGCGGCCGGCCACCGGCUGACGCGGCGGACGGCAGACCCCUGCCGACGGCUGCUGACCACUGCUGGUGGCGGCCGGCGGACCCCACCCACUGCCGGCGGCGGACGUCUGCCCACUACCCGUGAGGGAUGUCACCCACCGCCGACCCUACCCCGCGGAAUACUGCGCGAUUCCGCUGUCACACCGCAGUUUCAUCUGCAACACAAACUUGAUACUGCUUUUAGCCGAGUUUUUUUUCAGCGUUUGUUGGGGUCGCUGGGUAAUCUCAGCGAUUUCCGUUAGCUCUUUGCGUCAGUACCGUUGCUUGUUGGCGCUGGCCUGUGGUGUCGCUGGCCUGUGGUGUCGCUGGCCUAAGGUUUCGCUGGCCUAAGGUUUCGCUGGCCUAAGGUUUCGCUGGCCUGUGGUGUCGCUGGCCUGUGGUGUCGCUGGCCUGUGGUGUCGCUGGCCUAAGGUUUCGCUGGCCUAUGGUGUCGCUUUGGCCGGCCGCUGUGAGCUGAUCCAGCAGCUGUGACGUGGUGCCACUGGCGGGACUCUGCGGGCCGGGACUGCACGGGGAUGGCUGUGAGCGGGGCCCGGGAGUGGGGUCCGACCCCGGUGCGUAUCGUCUGGACCCGGUGGACCGUCCGCGCGCCGGUCGCCUGGGAGUACCAGUGACCCGAGACUUCACUGCCGCCGCGGCGCAUCGCAGUUGGGGUGAUUUUAAGUCGAGACGAAAUGUUUGCGGGCGUAGUGUUUUAGAAGCGAGUUGUUGUUCCAUCGGUAUGAUGGUGUGCCGUUUUUGCUGCUUGCUCAGCUCGACGACAGGCUUGUUCGCCGAAACGGCAUGUGUAAAUUCUCUUCACCUCCCACCUGCAUUGCAACGCAUUUGUUCCCACUCAUGACACAUGUGAAGUGUGAGUUGUUAGUGUAAGGCUCGAUUUAAAUCAUAUCAUCGCUUCUAGAGGCUUACGUCUGAACGUUGCAAUAUAUGCGAGCUUGACAACGA